AUGUAUCUGGAAGAACUGAUCAUUGAGGGUUUUAAAUCCUACGUGUCGCGAACCCACAUUACAGGCUGGGAUCCGGAAUUCAACGCCAUUACGGGUCUCAAUGGUUCGGGAAAAUCCAACAUUCUGGACGCUAUUUGCUUUGUUCUUGGCAUUACCAAUCUCUCGCAGGUACGAGCCAACAAUUUGCAAGAUCUUAUCUAUAAGCGAGGACAAGCAGGCGUUACGAAAGCAUCCGUCACCAUUGUUUUCAAUAAUGAAGACAGAGAUAAAAGCCCUUUAGGCUUCGAAGCCUACAGGCAACUCACCGUAACACGACAGGUGCUCAUGGGGGGUAGAACAAAGUAUAUCGUCAAUGGUCAUAAUGCACAACAGCAGACAGUGCAGAAUCUCUUUCAAUCGGUUCAACUCAACAUCAAUAAUCCACAUUUCCUGAUCAUGCAAGGUCGCAUUACCAAAGUACUGAGCAUGAAGCCCAUGGAGAUAUUGAGCAUGGUGGAAGAAGCAGCAGGCACCAAGAUGUUUGAAGAUCGAAAACAUAAAGCGUUUGCCACAAUGGCGAAGAAAGAACGCAAAGUGGAGGAGAUCAAUAACGUAGGGCCCUAUUUUCCUGUGAACCGACCGCCAGACAUUUAUAUUUUGCAAGAAGAAAUUAUACCACGCUUGGAUCAGUUGCGCACCGAAAAGCGAAUCUAUUUGGAUUAUCAGAAAACGGAAUCGGACAUGGAACGCUUGGACAGACUCAUGAUUGCAUACGAAUAUCAUCGGCAUCAAGAAAAAUUGGAUCGUUUUGAAAUGGAAAAUCAUGUGCGGGAAGCGAAACUGCGCGAGAUUACACAAGCUAUCAAUGUCCUCAAGGCUGAAGUGGCUUCCAUUCAGGAAGAUAAGAAGGCAGCGGCUGAAAAGAGAAAACAGGAAUCUUCCAACACAAAAUUAAGGGAGCUUGAGCGAACUGUGAAAGAAUGUUCGACGCAACUAGUGAGAUUGAACACCAAGCAGAACCUGCAACAGGCGUCAACGGCAGAUGAACAGAAAAAUUUGUCCAUGCUCGCAUCUUCCAGAGGAGAGAUGGAACAAGCGUAUCACGAAAAGAAGGCCAAUUACGAUAAGAUUAAUGCCGAAUACGAAAAAUUCAAGAAAACCUAUGACGAGAAAUUGCUCGAAAUGCAGAAAACGUCAGAACUCAUCCAGACAUUAACCACCGGUAUUUCCACAGAAGAAGGUCAUGAAAAUGGAUACAUGGAACAGUUGCAAGUCUCUAAAAACCAAGCCAACGAAGCAUCGACAGCAGAAGAGCAGGCUAAGCUCAAGAUUGUGCAUCUGCGUCAAGAAUUGAAGGCAAAAGAGCCCCAAGCUGCCAAAGCAGCUCAGCAGAAUCAAGGCUUGGCGCAGGAGCUAGAGACGAAGAAGAAGGAAGUAACGGAAUUAGAGCGACAGUUGGGAUUACUUCACUGGAACGCAGAUCGAGAAAACGAAUUGCAUUGUCGAAAGGCCAAAAUCCAGGACGCUAUCGAUGAUCUCACUGAGAGAGAAGGAUCGUUAUCAAGAAAAUUAUCGAACUUGGAUUUUGUUUACAGCAAGCCAUCACCGCAAUUUGAUCGAUCCAAAGUGAAAGGACUGGUGGCCGAACUGAUCAGUCUUGAUAAGGACAACUACAAUGCAUCUACCGCACUGGAAAUUUGCGCAGGCGGUCGAUUGUACAAUGUGGUGGUGGAAGAUGAAGUAACAGGUGCACAGCUUUUAGACAAAGGGCACCUCCGACGUCGAUGGACCUUGAUCCCUCUGAACAAGAUCCAGAAGUUUAGAGCAUCAGCAGAGAAAGUAGCCACAGCCCAAAGGAUUGGCCCGGGACAAGUGGAUCUUGCUCUUUCACUCAUCGGAUACGAAGAUGAAGUGGAAAAUGCAAUGGAAUGGAUCUUUGGUAAUACUCUUGUUUGCGAAGAUGCCGAAACAGCGAAGCGGGUGACUUUUGACCGGGCAGUUCGCAUGAAAUCCGUAACGUUGGAUGGCGAUAUCUAUGAUCCGUUUGGCACGCUGACAGGUGGUUCGAAACCAUCCUCUGCAGGUGUCCUGAUCAAAAUUCAAGAAUUGAACGAGAUUCGAAGAGAUCUUCAGGAUAAGCGACAGCAAUUGCAAUCCGUGUUGAAGGAGAUUGAUGCUGCUCAGAAGCUGAUCGCUCAAUACAAUCAGUGCAAACGACAGCUGGAUCUGCAAUCACAUGAAGUUCAGCUUUUGGAAAACCGUAUCAGCAAGAGUACACAUGCCCAGUUGGCUCAGCGGGUAGAUCAACUGAAAGAACAAAUCGCAGAACAAAGUACGAUUGCUCAGAAUGCGCGGGAAGCUUACCAAAAAGCGAUGCGAGAAAGCAAACGUAUCGAGCAAGAAAUGCGUGAAUAUAAUGAUAACAAAGACAUGAAGCUAAAAGAAAUGACGAAAAACGUCGAUCAUAUCAAAACGCAGCUGGGUAAAGACGAACAGAAACUGAAGCAUAUGCAGCGCGCAGUACAGACCUUGGAACUGGAACUUGAACAAUUGCAAGGGGACAUUAAAUCAUGUGAACAGGAUAUGAAACGAGUUCGCCAAACCAUUGAUGAAUAUAAGCAAGCAGAAAGAGCGAUGGUAGAGGAAAUACGACAACUUCAGACUCAUCUUCAAGAAGCGCAGGCCGACCUUCAGCGAGAAGAAGAUACAUUGAAUGCAUACAAUGAAGAAAUGCAGGAAUUGGAAGCUAUCCAUAAACAGAAAUCGGCCGAGGUCGUCGACCAAAAUUUGGAAUUGCAACGUAUAACUCAUGAUAUCGAGCGGCAUCAAAAGGAACAGCAGGGCGCGCGUCAGAUGGUCAUUGAUCUUGAAACACGACAUGAAUGGAUUGCCGAUCAGAAACAAUUUUUCGGUCAACGGAACACACCUUAUGAUUAUCACGGUAUCAACAUCAGUGAUACUCGAAAAACGUUGCAGCAGUUGAGUCAGAAGCAUGAUUCUAUGCGAAAGAAGAUCAAUGUUCGGGUUAUGAAUAUGAUUGAUAAUGUGGAGAAGAAAGAAGCUUCCUUGAAAGGGAUGCUGGCAACCGUACAAGGCGACAAACAAAAGAUCGAAGACACCAUCAAAUCCUUGGAAAAUUAUAAAAUGGAAGCGCUGGAAAGAACAUGGACUAAAGUCAACAAGGACUUUGCCGAAAUCUUUGGUGACCUGCUGGCCGGAAAUACGUGUAAACUUCAAGCGCCUGAAGGCAAAACCAUUUCGGAAGGGUUAGAAGUCAAGGUUUGCCUUGGCGGCGUAUGGAAGCAAAGUUUAACAGAGCUCAGUGGAGGUCAAAGGUCUUUGAUUGCGCUGUCAUUGAUUUUAUCGUUAUUGCAGUUCAAGCCAGCCCCCAUGUAUAUUUUGGAUGAAGUAGAUGCUGCUCUCGAUCUUUCGCAUACUCAAAAUAUCGGGCAGCUACUACGCAACCGAUUCAAGGGAUCACAGUUCUUGGUUGUAUCUCUCAAGGAUGGCAUGUUCAACAACGCCAAUGUACUGUUCAGAACUCGUUUCCGGGAUGGCACAUCCGUCAUUGAGCGAACAACAUCUCAACCUGAUAAACUUCCAGUUUCUAAUGCCUCCAGUAGCCGUAAACGCGGUCGUGAUAAAGAAAAUCGACCUGUAGUAUCCUAA